UUUCUUUCACUUCUAAAAAACCUCUAACUCGUAUUUCCAAAAUCCGAUUAUAUCACAAAAUUGGGUAGUGAUUUUAAACUAUCUCAAUUUGCAUUCUUUAAAGAGAAAUGAAGGAGAUUAAUGGAAGAAAACAAGGCACAUCUCUUUCGCCAUGUGCAGCUUGUAAGCUUCUUCGUCGUAGAUGUGCUCAAGAUUGUGUUUUCGCCCCUUAUUUUCCUGCUGACGAGCCUCAUAAAUUUGCUAGCGUCCAUAAGGUCUUUGGAGCUAGUAAUGUUAACAAGAUGUUGCAGGAGCUACCAGAGCAACAACGAAGCGAUGCAGUCAGUUCAAUGGUGUACGAGGCAAACGCAAGGGUACGAGAUCCAGUAUACGGUUGCGUUGGAGCCAUAUCGUCACUACAACAACAGAUCGAUGUCUUGCAAACACAACUGGCAAUAGCGCAGGCGGAAGUGGUUCACAUGCGGAUGCGCCAAUUCCCGUCGUCCUCCUGCAACCUGACCAUCGGCCACUCGCCAGAAACUGCCUCACCGUCCGGCAAGAUGAACAUUCCGGCGCCAAACAAGUCCUAUUUUUCCAUGGACAUGGUUGACCACGACAACAUGGGGGAGUCCUUAUGGUCGUCGUGCUAGCUAGCUAAAUUAAUUUAAGCUUUUAGGCGUGCGUCUUUUGCCUUCACAUUUUUUUUCCUUCUUAAUUUUCCUAAUUAUCAUUAUAAUGUGCUUUUCUUUAUCAUUAUAAUGGGGCUUGCUUUAUUGUACGUUUGCUUUUAUUAAUACUUUUUUUUCCCUUCUUUGGCUCUUUAUUUAUAUGUAACUACUUUGUAGAAAAGAAAACAGCGCUACGCGGAGAGAUCAUUAUGAUGAUUAUUGAUAACCAUAUUGU